AGUUACCGGUGUCCAAAUCUAGUAAUCUGUGCCGGUGUCAAACCGGUGUUUAAUAACAAAUUCCCGCGGAAGAACUUUAAAUCCGAAAUUAUCCAAAUAAUCCUUUAUUUAAAAUGACGAUCGGCAAGAACAAUAAGAUGCAACAGCAUCUGAACUAUCGAGUUCGAGUAAUAUUACAAGAUUCACGUACGUUCAUUGGGACAUUCAAAGCCUUUGACAAACAUAUGAACCUAAUCUUAGGAGACUGCGAAGAAUUCAGAAAAAUAAAGUCUAAGAAUGCCAAAACUGCCGACCGUGAGGAAAAAAGAACACUUGGAUUCGUAUUAUUGCGUGGAGAAAAUAUAGUAUCCCUUACUAUUGAAGGGCCGCCACCACCCGAAGAAGGUCUCCCUCGAGUUCCUUUACCUGGUGCGAUUGGAGGUCCUGGAGCUGGAAGAGCGGCAGGUCGUGGCUCUGGUAUGGGAGGUCCCCCACCAGGAUUGCAAGGCCCAGCUAGAGGUGUAGGUGGCCCAUCUCAACAACAUAUGGCACCUGGUUCUCGUGGACAAUUAUCUGCUCCACCUCAAAUGCGCGGCGGUCCGAUGAUGGGUGCCCCACCGCCAGGCAUGAUGGGUCCACAAGGCAUGGGUAGAGGUGGCCCAGGUCGUGGUCCUCCUGGGAUGCGUCGCUAUUAGUGUCCAAAUGUGACUUGUGAGUGAUUGAUAGUGUGUACUUUUACUAAAUAAUAAGGUAAUAACUAUUACAAUAAUAUACUUUGGUCAUAAAUGAGGAUUAUCAAAA